CUUUAGACCAUUUUCACGUGGGUCUAGUGUGUAUGUUUUCAUAACCUCCUUUUCUACAUAUCAAAAAUUGUGCAGUUACUUUUAUUAUAUUAUGUGCGCUUUUUACUAGAAAUAAUAGAAUGUCAAACGCUGGCUCUUCAACUUCUCGUUACUCUCCGUCUCGAGGUCCACUGGAUGAGACAGGAACUAAGUUGGACCCCGCUGGCUUUUUACCACAUCAAAUCCGAAAUAUGUGUAUAUUGGCACAUGUCGAUCAUGGGAAAACGACGAUCGCUGACUCCGUACUGACUUUAAGCGGUAUUGUACAGGAUAGAGCUGCUGGAAAUUUAAGAUUCAUGGAUAACCGAGAUGACGAGCGGCUACGGAAAAUAACCAUGAAGAGUAGUUGUGUGGCUAUCCCCCAUUUCGUGUCCAAUCCGGAAGGGCGAGUUCCACAAUUAAUUAACCUGAUCGACACACCCGGACAUAUUGAUUUCGAAAAUGAAAUUAAUUUCGCUACUAGUUUAUGUGAUGGGGCUCUGUUUGUAGUAGACGUGGUGGAGGGAUUGACCCCUCAAGCGAAAUCAGAACUUCGCUGCGCUUACAAUGAUGGGUUGAAAGUAGUGUUAGUUCUUAAUAAAAUUGACCGAUUGAUUCUUGAAUUAAAGUGCGAUGGACUUACAAUUUUUGAGAAACUCUGGAAACUAGUUGCUGAUUGUAAUGGUUGUAUUAAUACCAUAAUACAAGGAAAUCCAGUUGAAACUGCUGCCUUAUCCGAUGUAGCUUUUAGUCCUCAGAAAGGAGAAGUUAUUUUUGCGAGUGGAGUUGAUGGUUGGGGAUUCACUUUAAAAGAUUUUGCGGAACUCUUUGUACAUUUAAUACAGGGAGAAACGGUAGCAAGUCUCACCGACAAACUGUGGCAGGAAGAUCUUUAUGUUAGUGGCGCUACAAGCACAAUAAAAGAGGGUGCGAUGGCUAAAUGUAUUCCUAACGUUUUUGCUCAACUAAUUUCGGCUACUUUAAUACACAUAUACAAUAAAAUAUCAGUUGAAGAGAAGUUUGAAGAAAUUCCCAAGAUUUUAAAGAAACUACAUAUUGACGAUACUAAUUUACACUUGGGUAGACAUUCUGGCCGAACAAAAACAAAGAUGAUUAUGACAAGAUGGAAGAGUUUAGGUACUAUUAUAGCGAGACAAUGCUAUGAGAUACUCCCUUCUCCUAUUCAGCUGGACAGGUGUGGCACGCGUGAACGUAAAUUUAACAGAGACCACAGCUAUGCUUCCUGUUUUUAUCGCUCUCAGUUUAAUCGUAUCUCACCAGGAACGAUUGAAGGUAAAAUGAGAAAAGUUCUUAUACAGAAUUUAUCCAAUGUUCCUCUUCUGUCUAAGAAAAAUUACUAUGAAUUGUGUCAGAAGGUGACUAAAAUGUCAGAAAAUGCAUUUUUGCAAUUAUUAUUAUCGGAUGAUGACCUGCAAGUUAUGGGUUUAGUUCGAAUUCAGAAGGGAUUCUUUCGAGUCGGACAACGAUUAACGAUAGUAAAUCCAUUCCUUGAUCCUGGCAGUUAUAUGGCGAAGCUCAGGUUUGGCUCAAGCACAUUAGUCAAAGUUAAAAUUAAAGACAUUUACAUACCCCUUGGGAAGGAAUGGAGAAAAGUUGAAAGUCUUGGUUGUGGUUAUAUAUGUGGAGUAUCGCUUACACAGCCAUUCCCCUUCCCUAAAUGCACAAUUGGUGAUCAUCACCCUAUGCCUAUAUUUCAAGAAUCUAGACCUGAGCCAAUUAUGUAUAAUGUUAUUUCACCUUUAUCCCCACGAGAUUCAGCUGCUGUGAGGAUAGGAUUACAGUUAUUACAGCAUUUGGACUCAAGUGUAUAUACUUUCACCAAUGAAAUGGGCGAGUUUAUCUUAUGCACAGCUGGUAAAGUACAUUUAGAUAAGUGCCUUAAUGAUCUUCGUCAGAACUUUGUUGAUCUACCAAUGGCAGUGUCUGACCCCAUUUAUUCCCUACGGGAAACCAUAACCUGUCCAAAUGCCACACCAGUUUCAGACACAAUAUACAUAAACCCAAACGUUUCAUUUCAUUUAGAGUUUUACGUAACCCCUAUACCAUCAGAUAUAUUAGAAGUUUUAAAAAAAUAUCAUUCUUUAAUACUUAGUAUUACCACUCAUCAGUUAGUUACACCAUCCGACCUAUAUGGGCGUUUUGAAAAAAAUGAACAAUUUGUGCCAUACGUAGAUAAACUGUUACCAUACGAACCCAAUGUUGUGAAAGAAAUGUGUGACGAACUCGGCGAGGCUAUGAAGCAAGACGACGGAAUCUUCAGGCAACUCAGUGCACGAAAUAUAUUGUUAAUUAGUGAUUCAGAAUCUACCAUAAACGGCAUGUUUAACCUUGUCCAGAACUAUAAUGCGAACAUGUUCAUAACGCACAAUGAAUGUGAUCAACGUACACACAUCUUUAGUAGUAUUUUACGAGCGUUUCAGCAAGCGUGCCAUGCAGGACCUAUUUGCAAGGAGCGCAUAUCUAACUGUGCUUUCAUGAUAACGAAGUUUGAUGUGAUCGGGCAGGGCGAUUUAAUAUCCGAUGGGAUUGAAAUUGUGGCUAGACACAGUGUUGUGCUCUCAUUGAAAUCACUGUUCCAUAAGGCCUUCAUGGCGACUGAAAUUACGAUUAUGGAGCCGAUGGUGCUGGCAACUGUUUCUUCUAGUAAUGCGGGGAAAGUUUGUGAAGUGGCUGCACGCUAUUUUGGACGGGUGCUUCCUCUAACUUAUUACGAGGAAGAAAAUGUGAUUAGAGCAGUUAUUCCGGCCAGAGAAUCCGAUGCGUUCGUUCGAGAUGUCCGUGGACUCACUAUGGGCUCGGCUGUCGUUUCAUGCGUUUUUCAUGGCUAUGAGCACACACGUGAUUCGGUCGAUCCAGAUGAAGAAGAAAAACGUACUACUCGUUUAAAUCCACGCGCUGAUCAACUGGUCAAAGCCGUCUUGCAACGUAAAGGAAUGAACUCAUUCGAUGAACUGCUUUUUAAGGGUGAAAAGCAAAGAACUCGGAAGAAAUAAGUAUUAUGUACAUAGGUUUUUAAUAUUGGUAGUUCAAUUUUUCAUAUUUUGUUUAGUGGUAUGUACUAUGUGUCAUCUAAACAUUUAUUAACAUUAUUAGUUGAGUUCAGUUAUACCUAUGUGUUUCAUAUUUUAUGUUGCAUUAAAAAAAAUGGUUGUC